UAACCCAACCAGACCCCACCUUGUUCUUUACUUUUCCUUACUGGUUCAUACUGGCUAGCAUGUUACACUGUCUUGCCUCAUUCAUUCACUGAAUGAAAAAAAUAAAAUAAAAUAAAAUAAAAGCCUUCUUUUGAUUCUUAGAGAUCUAGCUGAGCCCCUACUAAAGUUUCUGCAACAGAGAUAAAGAACCAAAGCUUUGAGUUUAAGACAAAGACUAUAAUAGUUUUCUUCUUGCAUUGCAUGGUUUCUUUCUUCCUCUUUUAUUUUAUUUUUUAUUUUUUAUCUUUCUUUUGUCGGUCUUCAGGGAUCUCCAAAUCCAGACAAACAAAGGGUCUCUCGCAUGUUCUUUCGUAAAAGCCCACAACCUUUGUGUUACAUCAGAGUCACUUCAUUUUCUCAAAAAAAUCUUAGUACCGGUAGUUGCAACCCUGUAGCUUAGUUCUUCGACUCGAGUAAAUAACAUUGUAUUUUUAUUUUAUUUUAUUAGUACUUUCCUUUGGAUAGAGAAGAUCAGUGUGUAUUACAGUGUAUGGAGAUUUGGAAUGUAGAAAAACACUGGUUUCUUUCCAAGGAGUCACAUCACAACAAUCCAUUCUCAUUCUGGUGUUGAAGUUCUGAGGGGCAUUUUCCAAGGUGGAAUGUCUAUCUAACUAAUUUUCUUCAUUUGUCAGCACCAGAUAUCACUCACUCACUAUGGGUUUGGGAGUGUUUGGUUCUGUUCUAGUUCUGACACUCUUCUUCAAGCAUUUAGCUUCCCAGCAACCAAACACUGAUGAUUUCUUUGUGUCUGAAUUAUUGAAGAAGAUGGGUUUAGCAUCCUCUCAGGUCUACAACUUUUCUGCUUCUGUUUGUUCAUGGCAAGGGGUUUCAUGUGAUGCCAAGAGAGAACAUGUUGUUGGGUUAGUCUUUUCUGGCAUGGGCCUCAAUGGUCCUAUUCCAGAUACCACCAUAGGCAAGCUCAGCAAGCUUCAAUCUUUGGACCUUAGCAACAACAAAAUCACUGACUUGCCUUCUGAUUUCUGGAGUUUUAGCUUCCUCAAGAGCCUUAACCUCUCCUCCAAUCAGAUUUCUGGCUCAUUGACUAACAACAUUGGAAACUUUGGUUUGCUAGAAGUGUUUGACUUGUCCAGCAACAAUUUCUCUGGGGAAAUUCCUGAAGCUAUUAGUUCCCUCGUGAGUCUGCAGGUUCUCAAACUUGAUCACAACAGAUUCGAGCAAAGAAUACCUUCAGGGAUUCUCAAGUGCAACUCUUUAGUUUCAAUCGAUCUUUCUUCAAAUCAGCUGAUUGGGACAGUUCCAGAUGGUUUUGGUGCUUCUUUUCCUAAUCUUAUUACCUUGAACCUUGCUGAGAAUAGUAUUAAUGGCAGUGAUUUGGAUAUUUCUGGAUUGAAGUCCAUUGUGAGUCUCAACAUAUCAGGCAAUUCCUUUCAGGGUUCUGUGACGAGUUUGUUUCAGGGAAGGCUUGAGGUCAUGGACCUCAGCAGAAACCAUUUUGAAGGUCACAUUUCUCAGGUACAUUCCAUCGCUAAUUACAAUUGGUCUCAUUUAGUUUAUCUGGAUUUGUCAGAGAAUCAGCUUAGUGGGGAUAUUUUCCAAACAUUGAAUGAAUCCAAGAAUCUAAAGCACCUUAAUCUUGCUCUCAAUAGAUUUACCAGACAGAAAUUUCCCAAAAUUGAAAUGUUCUCAGGUUUGGAAUAUCUGAACUUGUCCAAAACUAGUCUGAUUGGUUACAUUCCAGCUGAAAUCUCACAACUGAGUAAUUUGAGUGCACUUGAUGUUUCUUUGAAUCAUCUUAUAGGGCAAAUCCCUUCACUAAGCAAUAAAAACCUCCAAGUUCUGGACCUUUCAAACAACAAUUUGAGUGGAGAUGUCCCUUCAUCAGUCAUAGAGAGACUUCCUUUGAUGGAGAAAUACAACUUCUCUUAUAAUAACUUAACCUUCUGUGCUUUGGAAAUCAAACCAGCUAUCCUCCAAACAGCAUUCUAUGGAUCACUGAACAGUUGCCCUAUUGCUGCAAACCCAAGUCUCCUCAAAAAAAGAGCCACUCAAAACAAGGGAAUGAAGCUAGCUCUGGCAUUGACCUUCUCAAUGGUCUGCUUGAUUGCUGGUCUUUUGCUUCUAGCAUUUGGUUGCCUUAAGAAAACAAAACCAUGGCCUGUUGUUAAGCAAACUUCGUACAAAGAAGAACACAACAUGUCAGGCCCCUUCUCAUUCCACACUGAUUCAACAACUUGGGUGGCUGAUGUUAAGCAAGCAACAUCAGUCCCAGUAGUAAUCUUUGACAAGCCACUGCUGAAUAUCACAUUUGCAGACCUCUUGGCUGCAACUUCAAAUUUUGAUAGGGGCACCCUUUUGGCUGAAGGAAAAUUUGGUCCUGUUUAUAGAGGCUUCCUACCUGGUGGCAUUCAUGUAGCAGUUAAAGUUCUGGUGGUUGGAUCUACUCUGACAGAUAAAGAAGCUGCAAGAGAGCUUGAGUAUCUUGGUAGAAUCAAGCACCCUAAUCUUGUUCCUCUAACUGGAUAUUGUGUAGCUGGAGAUCAAAGGAUUGCCAUAUAUGACUACAUGGAGAAUGGAAACUUGCAAAAUCUGCUCUAUGACUUGCCACUUGGGGUGCUGCAAAGGACAGAUGAUUGGAGCACAGAUACAUGGGAAGAACAUGACAAUGAUGGCAUUCAAAAUGCUGGUUCAGAAGGAGUGCUCACAACAUGGAGAUUUCGCCACAAAAUCGCACUUGGCACUGCGCGAGCAUUGGCCUUUCUGCAUCAUGGAUGUUCCCCACCAAUCAUCCACAGAGAUGUCAAAGCUAGCAGUGUUUAUUUGGACUACAACUUGGAGCCAAGACUUUCAGAUUUUGGGCUGGCUAAGAUUUUUGGGAGUGGCUUGGAUGAGGAGAUUGCACUUUGUUCACCAGGCUAUGUUCCACCAGAGUUUUCUCAACCAGACUUUGACACCUCAACUCCGAAAUCCGAUGUGUACUGUUUUGGAGUUGUUCUCUUUGAGCUACUAACUGGGAAGAAGCCUGCGGGAGAUGAUUAUGCUGAUGAGAAAGAAUCUACUUUGGUUAGUUGGGUGAGAGGACUAGUGAGAAAGAACAAAGCUUCAAGAGCUAUUGAUCCGAAAAUUCGUGAAACUGGAUCAGAGGAGCAAAUGGAAGAGGCCCUUAAGAUUGGUUAUCUUUGCACUGCUGAUCUUCCUUCUAAGCGACCAAGCAUGCAGCAGAUAGUUGGACUUCUCAAAGACAUUGAACCUUCUGCUAACUAGCAUGAUCACAGAGAAAUGAGGUUGUUUCUUUUAAUUUCAUCACUUUGAAUUUUGCUACCGGAUGAGAGUUUCCCGUGAAAACAUGAAACAAAUGUAAAGUAGUUGAACUACCAUGUUUUGUCACUCUUUUCUUUCUACUGUCAGUCUCUAGAAGGUGGGAAAAAAAAAGUGUUGAAUAUAUUUCACCAGAAUUUGAUCUUUGAACUAACACGUUAUGUUAUUGAUGUUUUUUCAUCCACUUUACUUUCCUUUUGACUUCUUCAUGUGUGAAAAACAAAAGCAUGCCACUGGAAUUGAGUCUGUGUAAAGCUUGAUGCUCUUAAUGAAUAAGUCAGCAGAAUGUGAUCUUCUCUAUGCAUAUUCGUGUUCACUUGAAGACAUUUGUGAAAUCACUUGAGAAAUAUUGCUCGAGU